UCAAAUUGAUGAUGUGAUUGGUGGACACUAUCAGUAUAGCCAACUUAAAUUUUGUGCUUUCGCAUGUCUAUAUCGAGGAGCCAAGGAGCCGUCACACAAAAGCAAGAUGGAGGAUCUCGCAGUCGAAGUAUGCGGCGAAAACGGAGCAUAUUAUAAGGCCUUUGUCACCGAUGUCUUUGAGGAAGAACUUUUGGUAGCAUUCGAAAAUGAUUGGCAACCAGAAUCUAAAUUUCCAUUUGCUGAAAUUCGUCUCCCCCCAAAAGAUGGCCCAAAACCUGAUUUCCAGGAGAACCAGGAAAUCGAAGUAUAUUCACGGGCAAACGAUCAAGAGGCUUGUGGAUGGUGGAAGGCGAUCAUUAAGAUGAUCAAGGGAGGAUUCCUAGUUGUGGAAUAUUUAGGUUGGGAAUAUGCAUAUUCUGAAAUAGUUGGCAGUGAGAGAUUAAGACCGAAGAACCCUAAUGCCCCUAUUGAUAAAAAUACUUUUCAUAAAAUUGAAAUCGAAGUACCUGAAGAACUCCGUGAGUUUGCGAAAAUGGAUAAUGUACACAAGGAAUUUCAAAAGGCAAUAGGGGCGGCAGUGUGCCGAUACGUGCCUGAACGUGGAGUAUUGCUGGCCAUCUCCCGUCAUGAAAAUAUACGUCGUCACAGCAGCAUGAUCCAGGAAAUGCAUUUUCGAAAUUUAUCUCAAAAGGUACUUCUUUUAAAAAGAACAGAAGAAGCAGCUCGACAACUUGAAUCAACAAAGCUGCAGACGAGUGGAGGCAAAUUUAGAUCAUCAAACUUUAUAUAUCAGCGUGUCUCAGACUAUGAGGCAGGAGUGAGAACAUAUUCAAGGUAUACUGACGAAUUUAAUGUUCGAGAAGACUUAAUGGGCCUAGCUAUUGGAGCUCACGGAGCAAAUAUCCAGCAAGCCAGAAAAGUUGAUGGAAUUACUAACAUUGAGUUGGAGGAAAAUUCGUGCACAUUUAAAAUUUACGGAGAGACGCACGAAGCUGUAAAAAAGGCGCGUUCUAUGUUAGAAUAUAGUGAAGAAUCGAUUCAGGUACCAAGGGUUCUUGUUGGGAAGGUGAUUGGAAAGAAUGGUCGUAUCAUUCAAGAAAUUGUCGAUAAAAGUGGCGUAAUAACAUCUGGCUCGAAUGGGAAUGUACAUACUGAUAGAGUACGAGUUAAAAUUGAAGGAGACAAUGAACCUCAACCAACUAUUCCAAGGGAAGAGGGACAAGUGCCCUUUGUUUUUGUUGGUACAGUUGAAAGUAUUGCAAAUGCUAAGGUUUUAUUGGAAUACCAUUUAGCUCAUUUAAAGGAAGUAGAACAACUUCGACAAGAAAAACUUGAAAUUGAUCAGCAACUGAGAAAUAUGCAUGGAGCCACGACUGGUCCAAUGCCCAAUUUUCCUCCCGUGAGACGAGGAAUGUCAGCGGGGCCUGAAGAAGGUGGCGGAGGUCGUGGUGGUAGAGGUGGUCAGGGCGGUAGAGGCCGCGGUCGAGGAAGAGCUCCACCAAGACAUAAUGCAGGAAUGCGUCGAGAUAAUAUGGAUGGUAACGAUGAUCGUAUUCGGGAUCUCCCACCGCGAGGGGGACAUCAAGGUUUAGGAAACUCAAGCUAUGGUGGAAGACAGGGUCGACCUUCGAAUCAACGCAGAGAUCGUAGGGACGAUCGUCGACGAACGACAGAUGAUGAAGAUACAGUCCUUGACAGUCAAGAUGUUUCGAGUAUCGAUAGAGAAUCAGUAUCAAGUGUGGAAGGUGGACCUAAGGGCACAAACCGAAGACGUGUGAGACGAUUUAGACAACGCAGUUCCACUCCUACGACUGUUUCAAAAGGUGGCAAUGCAGGUCCCGGUGAACAUGGCCAUGGAAAUAUUGCCAGUAAGGAGGGAACACCUUCAAAUGACAUAACGACAUCAAAUAACAGUUCUCAGGGCGGUCCCAAAGGACAACGUGAACAACGUAAUCGUAAUCCUCGCAUCCAGUCAGGCAACAAGCCAAAAGAGACUCUGGUUAAUGGCACCAGUGGCUAAAACAAAAAAAAAAAAGAAAAGAAAUGAAAAAAAAAAUCGCAGAUUACGAAUUUUCCACGAACGUAAGACUAUAAACCCGAAUUUUGGUACAAAUACCAUUCAAGUACGCAAACAUGACGCUAACCCGCUCCCCCUUCACCUCUUAAAGGACUUAACGAUUAUUAUGGAACGCGACAUGAUUUUUAGUCUAUGCUCGUUGUUAAGACUGUUUGCUACCGAUAUAAGAAUUAUGACACUUGUUUAAGAAAAUCGUCAUUUUCCUUAAAAAUGAAAAAAAAAUCAUUUAAGGACACGUAUAAAUAUCCAUGCAUGGUUUAGUUUAAAAAAAAAUGAUAGUAAUAACACUAUCAUUAAUUUGAUAUAUGGACACAUUCAUUGGGAGGUAGUAACAGCACAAUUUGGUAAUGAGAAUAAUUCCCCGAUCCACCCCCCCACCACCAUCACCCCCCCCCCCUGAUUGUGAAACUGUGCCUCAUUUUUAUACCGAGCUCCUAAACUUAUCCGACAGCGCUUUGGACGUGUACCGUUUUUAAAAAAAAAAAAAAAAACAAAAAAGUACCAAUACCAAAUCCGUUGUUCACUUUCAACGAUCCAAUAAUAAAAAAAAAAGAAAAAAAAGCUCUUUAAUGUUAGCUGCUUGUAAACGCUAAAUUUGAACGAAUUUUUGUUUUAUUCGUUUUGCUGAUAUUAUCUAUAAACUUGACUUGAGAAGAAGAAAAAAAAGUACUCUAGACUGAUUAAUAUAUUGGUACUUAGACACUUACCGUUCAAAUUGAUCUUUAAAACAAGCAGCAAACUUAAGAGUAUCAAAGACUCUCAAAGGUGAUGCCUAAUUGUUAUCCCUUGUAUUUAUUUUUAUUUUUAUUUUUUAUUUUUUUAUUUUUUUUGGGAAAAUAACUACGUUUAAUGCUAUUGACGAAAUGAUUAAGAAAAGAGAGAGAGAGAGAGAGAGAAAAUGAGUUGAUUUAAAAAAAUAUAUAACGGGUUAGAUUCGAUUAAACGUUAAACGGCAGCUGUGACAAUUCCCGGAUUUAUAAUUCCCAAUGAUGUUCCUUCUUAUUUACUUCAGAAGAUUGAGUUUCUUUUUUUUUGGUUUAUGAUUACUCAUAGAGUUACUUAACAAGACUAGAUUUUUAUGUUUCAAUAAUUGAGUGCUAAUUAAUAAUUGUACUAUCAUGAAGAGCGCUGAACUGGCUUAUUUUGUUUUUUUUUCCUUCGAAAGAUUUUGAUUCACACACCCAAAAAGUGUGCACCAGCGAUUAAUAUUUCUUUUUAUUCCCCAUUUUUUUUUUCACUAAUUUAGUUUCAUUCCUUUUUUUCUGUAACUACGAUAUAUAAUCUAAUUAUAACGAAUAAUAGAUUUCUUUUUAUAUACAAUUCGUUUCUGCAUUGUUUCACAUGAUUUAUAUAUGAUGAAAAAAAACGGUAAACGUAUACUUAGUAAUACCAAUGUAUGAUGUGCCAGAGAGAAGGAAUGAUACAUGUUUUAUGAUAUCUAGCUGAAGUGCAGAACUUAGCUCAUACCUUUAUUACUAUAAUACUACUUAGUCAAAAAAACAUAAAAAAAAAAAAAAAUAAUGUGGAUGUCUGAACAAAUAAACUAGCUUUACUAUACUAAGCUAUUAAAAAUAGAUACGAUAAAGCGGUUUUAAAUUGAUUUAAUCGAUUUAAAACUGACGAGUCUUUUCUUCCGGAUAUGACAACAACUUAAUUGACGUGUCUUUUUUGUGAAUCAAAGUGUGCAAAUUUUUUUAAAAACAAUAUUUAAAAAAAUAAAGCCGAAAACGAUUCAAUGCAAAAACUUAAUGACACAUACUAAUUGCUGCCGUAACAUCCGAUUAAAAAAAGAAAAAAAAAUUACGUGGCAGACAAAAAAGAAAAACUGAGAUAUCCCCCAACUUGCUUGUUUCAGAUACAUUUGUAUUGAUUGCAAUUUGUGCAUAAUUUAAGAAUAAAACAUUUCUGUACAUA